AUGGCGCUGUUCAAUCUGCUCGUCUUGCUGAGCAUAGGAAUCUCAUGGUGUUCUGCAACUUUCGACCCAACUUCGAAAAACAAUGUUGUCGUCUACUACGGACAAGGUCCGAACCAGGGCGACCUGAUCAACCAAUGCCAGCAGCCCGAGAUCGAUGUGAUUAUCCUCUCGUUCGUGCAUUUGUUCCCAGCUCAGGCAAAUGGGUACCCUGGAACGAACUUUGGUAAUCGGUGCGGCGGCCAAGUUUACCCUGGUCCGGGCUUCAACGGUGUCCUCGACCCUUCAAAGGAUCAGUUGCAGUCCAACUGCCCGAGUCUAAACGCCCAGAUCCCAGUAUGCCAACAGCAGUAUGGCAAGAAGAUCUUGCUCUCUCUCGGGGGUGGCGUAGUAUCGUAUCAGCUCACAGGCAGAAACGAGGGUGAACUCCUAGCAACUUACCUGUGGCACAUGUUCGGACCAAAAGAUCCCAACUGGACAGGCCCUCGCCCGUUCGACUACAACGGCCAAGCCGUCGAGGUUGACGGCUUUGACAUGGAUAUAGAGCAUCCAUCCACAGACAACUCGGAAGGCUACAUUGCCCUGGUCACGCUUCUGCGUACAUUCUACGCAACAGCUACGAAGCAAUACUACCUGACUGGCGCCCCUCAAUGCGUCGUUCCGGAUGCCAAUAUGGCUGCCAUGAUCUCUGCCGCUAAGUUCGACAUGAUCUUUGUGCAGUUCUACAACACCCCGAGUUGCUCAGCUGCGACAUGGGUGGCUAGCAAUCCGUCUUACACCCCUGGUGCAACAUAUCAGGAAGCGGGGUUCACCUUUGAUGCCUGGGUUCAAUGGCUAUCGAACACCCCCAGCAGAGACGCAAAGGUGUUCAUCACGCUGCCUGGUUCCUCAGAUGCCGCCAAUGCUGGGAACUACAUUACCCACCAACAGGCAGAUAAUCUCAUCAGCGCGUACUACUGCAGGCCAUCGUUCGGAGGCGUAGCUGUUUGGGAGGCAACACGCGGUGACAGCAACCCUUAUAACGGCAAGUCUUUCCAGGCCACCAUGAAGAUUUGGCUGCAGGGAGCUGCAGCAGACACACGACUCGCGAGCUGCCAAGCACCAACAACAACGACAGCAUCUUCCACCCAGCCGACAACACCGACACAGCCCAAUCCCGGCGCGCCUGGUUCUUGCGGUUCCGGUAUUGGGCCUUGCGGCAGCGGAUACUGCUGCAGUGCGUAUGGAUACUGCGGAACGACAAGUGCUUACUGCGGAACCGGGUGUCAGCCGGGCUUCGGUACAUGCAGCGCGGGAGACAGCUCGGGAGGUAGUUCAGGAGGCAGCUCUGGUGGCAGCUCCGGUGGCAGCUCUGGUGGUAGCUCAGGCAGCGGCGGGAGCUCAGGGCUGCCUAUCGCAAGAGAUGGAGCGUGUGGUGCAGGAGUAGCUACGUGCCGAGGCAACGGUGACUACCAAUGCUGCAGCUCGAAUGGAUGGUGUGGUAAUUCGGAUCUUUAUUGUGGUGCUGGUUGCCAACCCGGAUAUGGCAUUUGCAGUUGA